AUUUCUCUAUUUGGAACCUGAGAAAGGGGUUUGCCCGGAGAUUGAUUGCAUUGUCAACGCCCAACAAAAAGCCAUGGUUACGAAUUUUAGGGAAAAUAUGUUCUAUUCUACGGGCGUAGUUAAUUACAAAAAGUCGUUUAAGUGCAACAGGAAAUUCUUCACAUACUCAAACCUUGGUUCGAAAAAUUACGUUGGCAACAUGAGAUAUUGCUGCAAUAUGGGCAUGCGACUGGUCACAAUCGAUACCAAAGAAAAGUUCGACUGCAUGAUCAAAAAUAAUAUCGUUUUGAGGGAAGACGCUGGUGUAUUUUUCAUGGUGGCCGCGUCGCGCCUCGGCAGGCUGGACCGGCCCUCGUGGUGCUUGUCGAAUAAGGAGUUCAACUUAAGCUUCGCCGAGGACUUGGUCUCCAACGACACCCUGGAAAGCAACUAUGCAAUUGCGCUCACUUUUGAUAAGCCUUACAGGAUGAAGGCAGUGCAAUUUAGUAAAAGCGGAAUUUGCGAAUCGGCGCUGGAUAAUUAAUUUUCUAUAUUCAUCAUUAUUUUAUAUUUAAAUAGACGUUAAUGAAAUUUGGGAAAGGGUCAUGCGUGGAAUUUUGAAG